AUGGACGACGCUGCUCCUACUCCUGCUGUCAGAGGCGACACCACGUUUACGCCUCCUGUCAUCGCCGCAGAGCUUCCGCUUCCCAGGUCUUGGCCUGAGAAUCCCCGACUUUGGUUUAUGCAAAUAGACACCCGUUUUCAACGCCGGCGCAUCACUUCACAGACAGCAAGGUACCUGCACGUCGUCGCCGCGCUAUCCUCCGACAUCGCCGGUGCCAUAGACGACUUGCUAGCGGCUACACCUUCGGCCGCAACAUACGAUGACCUGAAACGCAUCGUCCUGCAGCGCCUCAAGCCAUCGCAACAGAGUAGGCUCCAACGCCCCCUCUCCGAGGGACUCGGCGACCAACGACCGUCACAACACCUGCACCGGUUGAGUCAGUUGCUGAAUGACCACCCCGAAAACGAGAGCCAGCUUCCAAUUUUGCGAGAGCUGUUCUUGCGGCGUCUCCCACACGUGGUGCUGGCGGGUUCCGACGAGGCGAGUCUCGAUCGGUUAGCUGUACUCGCUGACCACAUAUACGACUGCACGUCUGCGGCACAGCUAACUAUCGCCGCUGCGAGAAUCUCAGAGCCAGGAGAUCGACUCUCGCGCCUGGAGGAAACAGUCGACUACCUUACCAGUACACUGGAGAAGCUGACGGUGGGCGGCAACAUUAACGACCAACUUCGACACAAUCAUUCGCCUUCACAGUCUCGCAGCGUACCUAGAGACUCUUCACAGCAGUUGUUCCGGUAUCACCGUCGCUUUCUCGAACAAGCAAGUCGCUGCAUUCAGACCUGUUCGUGGACGCGAAACGCACAGGCGAGUCGCUAA